AUGCGCCACACAAGCUCCUAUCCCAAGCACGCCUCCCUCGUUUGCGCAAAGCGAGUUUCAAACCGUACGCGCUUUUUUUUGGCUGUGUUGAGCCUGUCUAGUGGCCUAGAUUUUCUUGGAUGGGUGCUCACUGUUAGUCUCUCAAAGAUCGUCCGCCGCCAGCGUCAUGCCGACGGACCCAAGAUCCGCCCCCACCUUUCGCGCUCGCCUCAUCUGAGCAACGAGUGGGAAUUUGCGGGCUGGGGAUCCAUGCGAUACUUGGACAUCACGCCGGUGGAUUUGCAUGCGGCAGAGGAGUCCUUGAACCACCCAGUAAAGUCGCUGAAUGAGAUCAGAGCAACCUCCGUUUCUGGAAACGGUGUGACCGGAAGUGUAUUCUAUGCUUUCCCAGUGGUCGCAGCUGCUGCAGGCAUUUACUCUCCUCUAUGCUUGGUUGUUGCCACAUUUCUCCUCCUAUUUUUCCGUCCAGUCAUGCUAGAGCUUGCGAACGCAGUUCACUUAAAUGGCGCGAAUUACGUCUACCUACUCCAGGCCUCAGGCAAAUUUCUUGCCAUCAUUGGCGCGGCUGGAACAUUACUCGAUGCAAUUGCGACAUCGGCCGUUUCUGCAGCAACAGCAAGCACCUACCUCGCGGGCGAGUUUGCUCACUUACCAAUCUCGACUGGCGUCCUUGCCAUUCUUUUUCUCAUUGCCCUUGGGCUUUUCGCUCUUGCUGGCCUGCGUGAGAGCACGACGGUGACCGCCUCAGUUUUCUUAUUUCACUUGUUUAGUAUGGCUAUGCUUGCGAUCGCAUGUGUCGUUCAUUGGGCUCGUGCAGACACGACGUCUGCAGUCUUGCGCGCCAAUUGGGCGCUUCGUCCGGUUGGCGCGCUCGAAACUGUGCGCGCCAUAUUCUAUGGUAUAUGUGUUGCCUUUCUCGGUGUGACAGGGUUUGAGUGCACGCCCUCGUACAUUGAGCAUAUGAGUACGAAAACGUACGCUGCGGCUCUACGUAAUCUCGUGGCCAUCGCGGUGGCACUCAACGGAGUGCUCUCACUCAUGGUGUAUGCCAUCCUUUCUACUGAGACCAUUGCAAGUGGCGCAAAUAUCUUGUCAGUGCUUGCGGAAGUGGCUGCCGGACGCUGGUUGCGUAUCGUCGUUGUUGUGGAUGCCGUAGGUGUGUUGCUGGGCGGGGUCCUCACAGGUGUACUCACUGCGGAUGGGCUGAUUGGGCGACUGACGCGGGAUCGAGUGCUCCCGCAAGUUUUUGUGAGUGAGCUACCGAUCACAGGGAGUACGUGGCUCGCGACAUUGUUCUCGCUCCUUCUGGCCCUGCUGCUGUUCCUUGCUUCGGGCAUGAAUCUGGCCACUGUGUCAUCUAUGUUUUCGAUCUCCUUCUUGUUCGUCCUCUUCUUGUUCACCAUUUCAGACAUCUUACUUAAAAUCAACCGCCCGCAUCUCCCACGACAGCCAUCCGCGAACACAAUGGUUCUUCUCGGCGCAUUCACCGUCGUUUGCGUAACCCUUGCAGGGAACAUAGCACGGGACCCAACCGCGAUCGGACUUUUUGCGGCCUUCUUUUUUGUCGUGCUGAUCAUGUUCUUUGUCCUUGACUCACAACCGUACUUAGUACGACUUGCUUUGCGCAUUCAUAGCACAAGCGGACUCGAACGCUGGGCUUGUACACGCAAGUGGAAGCAAAUGCUCGUGCGGUGGUAUCAACAUACGCGCGACGCUUCAGUCUGCGUCUGGAUCAAGCAUGACGACAUUCAUACGAUGCUCCAGACGCUUCUGUCCGUACAGGCCAACACACCGCAUGCGAGUAAGGUGGUCUUCGUACAUGCAUAUAGGAGCGCAGAUCGGAUCCCGAACGAGCUCCAUCCAAACUCACGGUUGUUGGACGAGGCAUUUCCCACGAUUACAGUCGAGUGCGUUCAAUCAUACACUUUUUCCCUGCAUCUGCGUUCUCGGUCUAGGAUCUAG